AUGGGUGGUUUCGGAGCCUUGUCCAACUCUCACCUGGCAAACUCUGUCCUGGUCUUUGGCCCCCAAACCGACCUGACAAUCAGCCACCUUCGGCCUGGCUUUGACCCUGGAGAGUUAUCGAGGAUGAGCGAGAAUAUGCGCCACCGCGUGCGUGAAGCGGUCUCCUCUGGAGCCCACUUCGAAUACCAUGUGGCCAUUGAAGAGCAUCUCGCGUAUGCCCGAAGGCUCCCACUGCCUCGAAGCUGUAUCUUCAUACAUCCCAUCGAAGGUCGUAUCGCACGACUUCUUGAGCGAGUUGGAAUUCUUUGGCCUUUGCUGGUGAGGGCGAUUGCAAGAGAGCAGCGGCUGGCUAAAGAAGGUCGCUCUAUUGACCAGGCUCACAAGGUUGUCCCGCCUGAUAGUGAUGUCGCCUGGAAUCUACAUGACCCCGAGGAGAACCUGGUUUUAGGGUCGUGGGGUUACAGUGGGAAGCUUGCCACAUGUCGCAUCUCACCACAGCAGCUGUGCCGACUCUGCCGAUUCCCACCGCGUGCGCAUGAUUGGUUUUGCAGCGGGUGUUUGGCUCACAACGUCUCCAAGGCCAUGAAAUGCCGCCGUUGUGGUGAUCAGUCAACCCCAGUUGGGAUAGUGGCAGAAAGCUGGCGGCCAAGCGAUGGGCGCGCCAAAACCUUGGGAUCCGUGGCCGACAAAGGUCAUCGGCAGGGCCAAGAUGGAGCUGUAUGGAGGAUGAUCCGCAGGCUAGCUUCAAGUCUGCGAGGGAGAAUCACAGCUUUGCUCCUCAUAGCUCUGUUGUCCCUGUUUCUCCGCCGUGGAAGCAGAUUAUUGAAGUUGUGA